AUGUCAGUUAAAUUAAACACAUACGAUAAGUUAGAUGUUGUGAAGCUAUCAAAGGAGAAGGUAAUUUAGUUGCAUGAGUUAAUUAUUAAAUUGAUUGCAGUAAAAAAUGUCAAAGGGAGUUAACAUUGUAAGUUUUAAAGCUUUCUUGCAUCACUAGAGUAUCAUACCAUACCAUACGUUUAAUUUAGAUGCAUUCAUUGAUAUACUAUUGAUUACAGUACACAGUUAAAUGGUACAGGCCAGAAACUGUUAACAUUCUAAAUGUUUCUAUUGCCUUGAUCAGUAUUUGUUUGUUCCUCAUUGUAUUGAGUCAAACCUUUGCUAGUAAUGGACCCUUUCUCUAACAUAGACUUAAUCAUGGUCCCAGUCGCCAAUACUUAAGAGUACAUUUUUGGUCGACCUUCCUUAAGUGCAAAUCUCUCGUAAAUUGCUUAGCCCUGCAGCCUUGCAGACACUUACAUAUAAAACACUGCAUAUAUUGACCUUUGUGAAACGGACCCAGGAACUUUCAAGCACUUUUUGCAUAUUGACGUUUGUGAAGUGGACACCUCUUCUAAAAGUGACACUAACCAGUCAUGGACUGAAGCACUUACAAACUCGGCAUUUGACCUUUGUGAUGCAAACAUGUGUUUUUUACCUGUAGGUGGACACUUCUCUUCGUCACAGUGAUGUCCACUUAUAUACGAAUGGGAGGCUGAUGACUCUUUAAAAAUAUAGCUGUGACAUAAAAUUGAAGUAAUACUAGGUAUAUACCUAUCGAUAGAGUGCCAACGAGCAAAUCAUGCGUAUUUUGCUUAGGAAUAAAAUUCCUUUUUUUCCAUUUGAUCGUUUCUUGGUCCCUUCCUGUUGCAAGGAUUAUUUUCUUGAAACGUUCUCAGAUUCAGUCUGGUGGCUUUACAAACCUGUUAUGUAAAAGUGUGAAGUGCCUUGAAAGAAUAAAGUCAGCUUUGCAGAGGAAGCGAUCGGGAAUAUUAUUAAGUCCAGCUACAAUUCUACUGUCAGUUCGGUUUCACAUUGUUGAUAAAUAUUUGCACAGUUUAAUCAUUUAAACCUCCUUUUAAAUUUCCCGAGGCUUUUUGUUAUCGGAUUGAAACUUAGAAUGAUUCGCUGGGCCAUCUGAAAUGUUUCCAAGGACAUGCGAUGUACGGCACUUGUCGGUGUUUAAUUUUGUACUGAACUCGGCCACGUUUCGAAAAAAUGGCGUUGUUUUCUUUUCCUUUGUCAUUCGCUUUAGCCUUGUAAUUCGUUUUUGUUCUCAUUGUUUUUGUUUGCUGGUUAGAUUUUUUCCCCAACACCAGAUUUUCCAACAGGCGACGACUGCAUUCGUCGUGUCAAGCUUUCCUUAUCUCCUCGUGUAAUCUGAUCCUUUUAGUGGUGAGAAUAUUGCUUGCUGCACAUAGAACACUUUCGCUGUUUUACAAACUUCUCUUCGUUAAAACUUAACAUUAUGGCCCCUAAAAUUAAUAGAAUAUAUCAAGUGCUCAUGUCUCUUGACUGCGCUGGCCGGGUUUGACGAAAAAAUUUAGGUAAAUAAACACAGGAAAUCGCGACGGCGGGAAGUGUGUGAAAUUUUUGUUUGUUAUUCAACUUGAGCCCAUGUGCCAGGUACUUCCUUUUGAUUGGUUCACAACUGACCACUUGGUCUCAGGGGAAUCUACAUUACAUUGGGUUACACUUUUUUCAGCUCGAUCGAGAAUUUUUCUGCCUAUUGCCCAGUCUUGCGCGGCUCUAUUCUGCUGCCGCCUCGCCAUCCGAGUGUCUUUGCUCAGAUGGCUCGUUGGCAAUUAUUUAUUGAUAAUAUAUUUUUCAUUAAGUUGUUCAAGUAAUAUUUAAUGUGGUGAUCUUAUUAAAUUAUUAUUUACACUCCUUAGGGAAACCUUUAAAGCAGAGACUCAAUGGCGCAGCAUCAAGACCUUAAAAGAAAAGGAGGUGCUGAUCCUGAUCAUCAGAUGUCAAGAAAUCAUGCCCCUCCUCCUCUAAGUAUUGAAGUGCCUAAAAUGAGUGAUCUUCCAAACAAGUCAAAACCAUGGAGUGAUGUACACCUUCCUGUUGACAUUCUUUUGUUGACAGUAGAAGACUGCGAGUUUUUAGCUUGUUAUGCUUUCUUGAAAAAUUCUAUUAAAAGUUAUCACCAGAAUCUGGGAUUCGUGUACUUUGGGACCAUGGGUGAAACUGGAGAAGAGGCACUGAAAGUUGCUUUAAUGAGAUGUUAUGAAGGCUGUUCUGCUCCAGGUGGCUCUCUAGUCACUGCUAAGAAUGCAGUGCAGGAACUGAGACCCAAGGCUGCUUUCUUAGUCGGCUUUUGCAUGGGAUUAAACACACAAGCCACCAAACUAGGGGAUGUAGUGUUAUCCUCUAAACUUUCAACUGAACAAUUCACAGCUCCAGUAAGAAGAAAUAUUGGCAAACUUAACUUGUUUUCAAUUGAAGGCUGGAAUCCACCAUUAAAAGAUCCAGUAGGUGAAGAAACAGUACAGGUACACCGUGACAGUGACAUAUUCAGUGAUAGUCAAUUCAUCACCAAGCAACGCCGUAUAUCUCAAUCUCGCGUGAUUGCAGUUGAAAGAGAAGGGGAAGGUAAGAUUAUCUACAUAUUUAACUAUUGCAACAAUUUGAUGUAUAGCAUUCAAUUUGAGGUCUAGAGUAGAGCUCUAAAUUGUCCUUUUUGGCAACAGCUUGUGACCAUGGAAAAUCACAGUACUUUAUUGGUUUGUUGACCAUGGUUGGCAAUGUUGUCAGUGAUCUAUAAUAGGGUGCAAACAUGCAGCUGGUUUCUUAUGGUAUUAAUAAUUCAUACGUCAACCGUUUACACAAAAAUAUUUUGGAGAAGUAGUCCACAAGUUAAAUAUUUUGCAAGGGAACAUAAAUUGUUAAGCUUAAUUAUUAUAAAAACACAAUUGAAUUUAGUGAUUACACUGCAGAGAAAAAUUUACAGCUUUGCUAGAUUCUUGCAUGUUCACAAAGGAUUGGACAAAUUAAGCUUUUAAGUAAGAGCCAAGGCUGUAAUUAGAAUCAUCUUUUGUUAAUCUGUUUUUCUUAUACCACUUACAGGACUGUUUGCUGCAGCUCAUGAUAUGAACAUUGAAUGGGUGAUUGUUAAAGGGAUAUCACAUUUUUCUGAUGAUAGCAACGCUCCUGAUGAGUCCUGGAAGUCAUUUGCUUCCAUCAUGGCAGCUUCUCUUGUGUCCAACAUGUUAAAUGAUCCAGUUGUUUUUAAAGAAUGGCCUCACUAUGAAGGUAAAAUUGCAACAUCCCUGUUCUAAUGAGUGAUAAUAAAUUAUUAAUAGUGAUGAAUUUUCUGUUCAGAUAAUUAUUUUUAUGUUGGCUGCUUCAAUAGCAUCCUUGAAAACGAUUGUCAAACGACGGCCUGCAAAUAUCAGUAGAUGGAGUGACUUUUCGCUGAAAGCAUACUGUAUAAGUUUUUUUUGAGUUUGUUAAACUUAAACAAGAAUAAACGCCUCCUAUCUAUUAAAUGCCCCCAAUGGUUCAAGUUUUUCUCUCUGUUUGAAACUGAAAUACAUACAUUAAUAUUAGAAGACCAAAUAACAAAGGCCAAAAGUAAAAUUUGUCUUGAGGGGUUUUCAAAUUUAUAACUCUUUUUUUCUUCACAGACUUGACAGCAAAGAAUCAACCAGACAAACAGAUGCCAGGUACUAUAUUCCGUCAAUUUUUUACACUAUAAAUCCAGGAGUUUUUCCAGAUUAAAUGAUUGAACACUGGUUUCACUAAUAUAAACAUUAAUCUUUUAAAGUUGUUUGUCACGUCUGAGCCCUCUUGCACUUUUUUAUUUACAAAUAAUAAUUUUUUUUUAUUGCAAUAAGACAGGUCUUUGCCGAAAAGAGCAGUCUCUUUUUGUCUGAUAUUUAAUCCCUUCCCCCCUUAAAAAAAAAAAUUGCUGACAAAUGCCGUUUGAAGCCAUGAGUCAGGCGGCUUUCUGGUCAGUAUCUGGCCAAAAAGAACCAAAACUGCCCAAAACACUGUAUUUCCUUGAAUAAUAUUAGCCGGGGUGAUUAUUUCUUUCUUCGCCUCAAAAGUGGGCUAUUAUUCGAGGGAGGCGUUUAUUUCAAAUGUUGCUCACUGGAAGUCGUACCCCAAAUAUUUUGUUUUAUUAUCCCAUUAUAUCAAAAAAUUAUCACAUCAAAUAAACUGCAUGAAUAUGGGCCUUUUAAGUGUUCCAAAUUUGGUUCCUUGAGAUUGUAAUUUUCAGAGCUUGAAUCAUCACUGAUCAGUUUUGCUGGAUCACUGAUUCCACUUCAACUUGACAGGAAGGGGAUAAAAGAAAGUGAAGAUGGCAUGAGGGGUGGGGAGGGGGGUGAUUAUUCGAGGGAGGUGAUUAUUUUAAAUAUUUCCAUCAAAGGGGUCAAGAUUAUUCGAGGGAGGCGAUUACUCGGGGGACAGCUAUUUAUUCAAGGAAGUACAAUACUUUAAAUUGAACACCGUGCUGCCUUUUGUUCCUUAUGCUAAUUAAUCUCAGUUUUGUUUUGAAAAGUAACACAAACCACUCAACUUUUCCCUUUUUGCUUUCCUUGCCCCAUGUUUUCCCAUAAUGUUGGACAUUAUAACUAAGGCUUCAUUUUGGUGCGACAGACAUUGUUAAGUGAAACAAGAUUCCCUUAUCUUCUUCAAAAUAAACGUUUUGUCUUUUCAAUGUUUCAGUUUUCUUUGUGUAUUAAUUUAGGAAAUGCCCAAUUUAAUAAUUAUUGAAAGUGAUGUUGUGGAAGGGGGUCCACUCCCAAACUUUCUGUCAGUAUGAUAUAUUCUAUUCUGCCAUCCACCAAACCCCACUAAAAAGCUAGAUUAUAAAAGGAAAGAACAUUAAAACUUACAGAUUUAACUCCACUGGACAAUAUCAAAUGAUCACUGGGUCAUUCCUGGUGCUGUUUCCUUUAAUUAAUUUAUGAUAUUUUAUUCAUGAUAUUUCUGCAAAUUGACUGUCCAGUACCCCUCUUGUAAAAAAAUAUAUAGUUAUUAAAAAAUACUUCUUGGAAAUGAUAAAAAAUUCUUGAUAAUAGAUUCUGUAUGCCUUGAGGAGUGCCAGAAACAGCUGCGAUCACUUUAUGAAACCAGUAGUAAAGUCAGAAUCAUUCCAUGGGACCAGAACUCUGCUGUUGAUAUUGACAAGAUCUACACAGACUUGUCUUGGAUCAUGGAUGACAGGACACCCAGGGGAGUGGUACAAGAAAACCUUGACCACUACACUGAGAUUUUUGCUCACAGAGAACCUCGUCAUGCACCCAAGCGAAUUUUGGUUUAUGGACAACCAGGUAAGUGAGUGAAUGAAGUAAAAAAUUUAAUUGUCUUAAUUUAACUCACAGGAGGAUAAAAUAUAAGUACAUGCAAAAGUCACAUACAAUAACAGUAACACAGAAACCAUUGGUCCACUGGCAUUAAAUUAAUUGACACAAGGUGUUAGCAAUUUAUUAAAUGCAUUGUAUCAGCUAGUGAUGUGCAGGUUUCUUGAGUGUUUUGCUGACAUAUUGUACAUUCCAAGUGGGAUAGAUUGUUACCAUGCUGUCAAACCAAAUGUAGCAUUUGGUCUGUUGCUGUUAUAAAAAAAUAAAAGUUAAAAAACAAAGUUUUUCUGUUUAAUCAGUCUGAUAAUAAACAAUAUAUUUAUUGGCUUUACAUAGCAAUCAUGACAUACACUCUAGGCUCCAAUUUAGUGUCGUAAAUUAUAAUGGUUAAAACAUUGUGACUCAAUUUUAUCUAAAAUUCAACUUUAUUUAAUACCGAGAGCUAAAAAAAUAAAACUAAAAAGAAAUCUUCCAAGGAUAAAAUCGCACCAAAUUAAAGCUUUGCCACAAUCGACUGAUGACUGACAGCAGUUUGGCCCAGUUGGUUGAAGGCUGAUCAGUGCUUGCAACCUGGGGUAAAUUUUGUCUCAAGAUCUGGAUCUGCCACUGUUAACCUGGGUUUCUUUUUGUUUUUAAUUAUCAAAAGCAUUUUCUUGGAUUUUUCUCUAUUCUUUUUUGAUGAUCUAAUCAUCAAAUUUUAGACAAAAAGAAUUACCCGGUAAACUAAAAUUUGGUAUUUAAGCUUUCGUGUCUGAAUUCAAAUUUUGCGCUAUCCCUGGCUUAUCUUAACCCAGCCUUGAACAACUGGGCCCUAAAUAGUCUGGGUAUUUCACAGUUUUAUGAAGGAUUUAUUUCCAUUGUCUUCAUCAUGAAUAAUUUUGAAUAUUAAAUGAGAUACCAUUUUUGAUGAAUAUAACUCUAGUCUCUAAUCAAAGCUAAGAAUUCCAAAAUGCCCCCUUAGAGGAAGGGAAACAUCUUUUAAGGCCACCGAUAUCUUGCUCACUCUGCAUAUGAUGUAAAAAGUUUAAACAUAAUUCCGUUAAAAAAUUAAUAGAAUAAAUAAUUUCUCUUUAAGUUUUAUGAAAAUUAUCAAUUGAAAUUUCAAUAUUUUAGAUUCCACUUCACGUGACUUCACAUAAUAAAAGUAAAACAAAUCUUUUGACAGUUUGUUGUUAUUGUCACCUAGGUAUCGGCAAGACUGUUUUCACGAAGAAAGCAACUUUUGACUGGUCCCAGCAGAGAUAUUCAGAAACAUUAGGAGCAUUUGAUCUUGUCCUUCUGGUGAGAUUACGUGAUGUUAGUAAUCUCCAAGAUGUUCCGUCCAUUCUGAGGGCUUCUGAAGUGCUGGAUAGUAAUGGUGCAAUUUCCGUAGACAACCUGUAUGAUUACAUUUGUCGCCAUCAAGAAAAAGUCUUGCUUAUCUUGGACGGCUACGAUGAAUAUGUUUACAGUUCAAAAAACGAGUCUCCUGUCUUCAAAAUCUGGAAAAAAAGUCAAUUAAGAGAUUGUUGUGUUGUAAUUACUUCAAGAGAAAUGAAAGCUGAGAAGUUGAGAAAUUGUAGUGAUGCUCAAUUCAAAAUUGACGGCUUCAAUCGUCAACGCCAAAAAGAGUUCGCUCGUAGAUUUUUGAAAGAUGAUAAAGAUAUUCAAGAGUUUUUUAUGUACUUAUGGCAGCACAACCUAAGUGAACUAGCACAAAUUCCCCUACUGCUCUUAAUGUUGUGCUUGCUCUGGACAAGAACAACACGUGAAGAACUACCAAAAGAACGCGCAGACAUCUUCGCCCAGUUCAUGACGACCAUGUUUGAUCACAUGUGUGAAAAACAGUCUGCUGAAGAAUCGGUUUCUGCCAAAGAUUACUCAGAUGAAUUAUACGCAUUAGGACGCUUGGCCUUUGAAGCCCUUUUGCAAGGCCAGCUUUAUUUCCCUGUUAGUCAGUUACCUGCUGGCUACAGUUUGAUCGAGAGGCUGAUUGAAGUCGGCCUUUUUCAGGUUUUAAAUAUGGCGAGUUUGAAUCGUGAAAAAGGCGUGUACUUUAUUCACAAAUCCGUCCAAGAAUACCUGGCUGGGAAUUUCCUGAAAGAAGAGCUGACAUCUAAAAAGGCUGAAAGUACAAAUUCCCUCUUAAAGUUGGACUCAGUUAAAAAGAUCCGAGAGAUGUUCGAGGUUUUAAAAUUUGCUGUUCAGUUGUCAGAAGAAGCCACGCGCGACAUUCUGAUUCAACUUGGAAUGAAGAGCGGACUGAAAGAGUUCAAAUUCGACAACGAAACACCGUCACAGUGGGACUUGUCGGAAGAACAAACAGAUUUUAUUAAUUUUUGUAAUCAGUUAUUUUUCUACUGCUCAGCUGAGACAAGAAAAAACCUCUUUCCUACAUUUCUUUCCUCUUUAGGAGGAGUUCUUGUAAUUGAUGAAAAGCAGCUAAAUAUUAUCGUAGAGGAAAAAUUAGUUCAAACUACCGAAACACCCAACUACGUUUUUUUUCGUAAAUCCUCUUGGUAUACAGAGCAGGACUAUAGUAAUUUAAUCAUUUUAACACAACAAUUAAACGCAGUUAUUGUUAGCUCUGCAGGAGAAAAGAAAGCAUCAGAAUUUUUAAGCAACUCAACAUGGCGUAGGAUUGGUGAAUUUUUUUUAAAGAAAGAAGAAAACAACACUCACCUUUAUUUAGCUAAAAUUGUUAAAUAUGAAGAUCAGUACAUUCCUUUUCCUUGUGAUAUAAUAAAGGCGCUUAUUAAUAAACAAGAGACAACAAAGAAGACAAACAUGAAUGGUGAUGAGUCAAGUGAAGACAGCAGCAGCAGCUGUUGUUCAAAGCGUCAUGGUCUCUCCAGGGUUUGGAGGAUUGUAGCUCAGGAUGUGAACAGGUCAGAAAUGGAACUGAUGAGUGAGAUGAUGCCGUUUAUCACCGCUCCACACAGGAUAAUAGUUUGGGGUGACCACCGUGAAGUGUUUGAUGCUGAGGUAACAGAGUCUCUGCUGAGGAGCAUCCAAGUAACACACAAACUGAAGGCAUUAAGACUCGAGCAGAUCAAUGUAACAUCAUCACCUGCUGUGGAGUUCAUCAGCAAUUUAUUUAAAAAAGCACCAAACUUGGAGUCGCUCAACAUGUCAUGGAAUCCUCUUCUGGGUGCAGGAGUAGACAGCUUGAUUAAACAUCUCAGCUGCGCUCCUCACCUGAAGUAUCUGGAGCUUUCAUAUGUGAAGAUGACUCCACAGCAGGUGAUGGAUCUGUCAUCAGCCAUCAAGCAGCACGGCAACAUCACUUAUCUGGAGUCAUUCUACCACGUAAGUUUUCCAAUUUUAUCGCAAUUUGUUUCUUUAUUCUUUGUUUACAGUUUAUUUCUACUCAGCUCUUGCCUUUCGCCAUUUUCAUUUCUUUGUCAUUUUUAUACUCGACAAAACACGAGAUUUACUUUUGAAAUCAAAUCACAAACUUUAGCAGAUUCAAAGUAUCAUUUCAAAUUCAUUCCUUUUAAUUGAUUAAACUAAAUCCAAAAAAAUGUUUUCACCGAGAACAAGUAAAUUAAUCUGAAGGUGUUUUCACUGUGCAAAAUAAUGGAUCAGCGAGCAGAUAUGAAAUUUCUCUUUGAGUCUGGUUCAACUCGAUAUGAGCUCACUUAACAAACUUGUGAUAUAUGUAUUAACACAAAAAUUCCAUGGUAUUAAUUUCUCAAUCAAUUUUAAUUCAUUACUUUUCAUAAAAUAAUGAAUAACAAGCAUAAAAUCAAAAAAUGUUCCGUUCAUGUUCAAUUCAAACAAACAAAAUUUGCAAAAAUCAAGAGAAAAAAAGUUAACCACUUACAGUUUCACUUAUCGCUAAGGUUUUCGUAAAAUCAGCUAAACUCAAGUAAAGUUUCUUUGAGAGUCCAGAAAACGAAGAAGUGUUUUUAGAGCUGUCCUUUUGUUUGAAUGUCCCUUGCGUUUCGGUAAAUGCUUGUCCUUCCGUAAAUAACCGCACUGUAGCGUAGGUUUUUGAGAUAGCGUUCCACAAAAAAUAUAAUUCCUCUGAAACACUUUGGAUGAAAUUUAACACCAUAAUUUAAUCACAGGUAAAAGCACUCCUACAUGGUACAAGGUGUCUAUUUUUGUCGGUUACUUGUUUUCCAGUUUUACGACGAAGACAACAAAUCCUGCGUCACUUUGCGUCGUGUAUGAAUGAGUUGAAGUUCAUAAAUGUAGUUUCCUUUAGCUUGCACAAAUCCUUUGUCAAAUUCCUGAGCACAUAAGACGAAUUUUUCUCCGAACUGACAUUUUACGGUGUUUUCUCAUUCUUUUUGUGUCCAUCUUGAGUAUUUUUGCGUUGAAAGUUUUCUUUGAUGAGCAAACUCAACUGAAGUGAACAACAAACUACAAAAUCAACAAACUGUCAUUCAAAGUGGCGUGAGAGAAGGCUUGUGACGUGGCGACAGCUGAUUGGUUAUAGAACUACCCACGUGGUAGAAUUUUCCCGCCUUUCGUUUGGCAGCGCAGCCAGCGUUUCCUCAGACGAGACGCAGGUUUUUUUGCGCCUCCCCUCCCAACCCCCACUAAAGAAAAACCAAUCGGUGAGAAUUUUAUCAGACCAAGAGUUAAUAGAAGAAAGGGCUCCAAGGUUUCAAUAAUUCGCACAUUUUUAGAGUAUAUUAUUUGCUUUUGUUGUUUUGAAAGUCGUGCAUGCAAAUUUUAGGGGUUGAAAAGUAGAAAGUGGUCUUUACGCUGCGAGCACCUUUAGAGUUGCGUCCAAGAAGUCAGAUGUAUUUUUUGUUGGUUUUUGUCGUUUUCCCCUCUUUUUCGUAUUUUUAACUCCUUUUUUCAACAGAACUUUAGUUCGUGAGGCCCUUGCUUUUUCUGUAUGUAGGUAAUUUCUAAUCACUAUUAAACGGCACAAAAAUUCGGAAAUUUGGGGCAGCAACCUAAAGGGUGGUUUACGCUAGCGACAGAGUCGGAGUUGGAGUCGUAAGAUCGCUUAUGACCUAGUGAAAAUCAAAAAUCAGAGGCGUAAGCAGAGUAACCUGAGAUCUGGCUGAGUUGAUCUAACCUGAGCUUUGCUUUGAAAAUUACAUUCGGGCGGCCAAGGCGAUUUUUUUAGCGGUAGCCGUUAGAGAGAAUGCAUGAGAACCGCUAAAAUUGGGCCUGAUCUCAGGUUAUAAGCGGAAUCAUAAGCACGCCGGAAUCGGAGUCAGAAGAAUUAGAACGUUUCCAUUUCUUCCGACUCCGCUUACGUUCCGCUUAUGAUUUAGUGAAAACCAGGUUGUCAGAAUCGGAAGCAGAAGGAGAAACUAAUCCCGAUGCACGUUCUCACGCUUUGUGAUUUGUUUGGUUCUUCCGCUUCUGCUUCCGACUCUGACAAUCUGGUUUUCACUAGAUCAUAAGCGGAACUUAAGCGGAAUCGAACACAAGCUCUGUGCUCACGGGCGGAUCUAGGGGGAGGGUGCAGGGGGUGCGCACCCCUCCCUGAGAUCACCUGCGGUUUUCUAAUACAACUGGUAUUCUGCAAAAAAAAAAAGAACUACGUGGUUUAUUGGUGUUGAAGUAGAGCAAGAGACGAGUGCACCCCCUCCUAAAAAAAAUCCUGGAUCCGCCCCUGGUGCUUUUGAUUAUGACUCCGACUCCGACUCUGUCGCUAGUGAAAGGAAGCCAUAAUUUUGAGACACUCACUAGAACGUUUUUUAGCGCAGCGGUACGCGCAAUACCAUUCGGGACGAAAUUACUGUUUUAAUAGGGCAUGUGGAUUUUAAGACUUUGAACUUAGCAAGGCUUCGGAGCAGAUUGCGAAAUGAGCAAAAUCUCUUGUUUAGUCCUAAAUAUAACUAAAUUAAAGAAGAAAAACGUCUUUGUCGCAAGCAGAAAUUUCUAUAGUACUUCUUUGACUAUGUGUUGUAGAAAUGACCUCUCUUCGGGGUGGAAUCAUCUUGAGCUUUACUCAGAUUGGUCUUAAAGUCCCAAGAGUGAUCAACAUGAAGUUUCUCUUAACAAUAUCAAAACAUUAUCAAAAGAAGAUGUUAGGAGAAGUACUAAAUUGAUGAACAAAGGAGAAGUACUUUGAUCUUUUAUCAAGUUCUCUCAACUAAUUCUAUAAGGCAAUGUAUGGACACUAGUGUGGAGAAUUUGUAUUUUUAUAUUGGGGCUUAAAGGGUUAAUGGUAAAUUUCUAGUUGUCCGAUGAGCAUUCACGUCCCCAUCUCAUAGUAGUUAACCCCCGGGGUUAUUUUUACCCUUUCAUUGCUUAUCACUUAAAGCGGAAAGGUUUUAAAAUCUAGACUACACUUUCGAUCUUUUUAACGUUGCUUUAAAAGUUGGAUGGUGCUAGUGUUAUCUUGUGAUUUGUUGUAGGAUGUUAAAGGGAACCCCAAGCCUGAAGAUGAAUGGCCAUCAGAAGACCAUUGGAAAGGGUGGUACCCCAGUCUCUUUUCUCACUCAUCAAAUGAAUCACAGCCGCAAAAGCAACAGGUU